UCUUUUUCCAGCUUUUUCUACAUCUCUCUCUGGUCUCACUUUCUUUCUCUCUCACACAGUAAAAGUGUAAAAACACACACAUAUAAUUACACGUAUGAAUACCAAUCUUCAAAGUCACCAAAGCCUAACGCAUCUAAGUAAAGCAAAAGCAACAAAGUAAUAAUCAAACUAAAUCCUUUGCCCACUUUUUUCAACACCUAACUUGUACAAAUAUUUAAUCAAAAUAUUUUUUAGAAUUUUCCUGAUAUAUUGGAGCUCCAAGAUUCAAGGAAUUUACUAUACCCAUCUUCUUGAUUCUCAAAAAUAGCUUUAAUUUCAGGUGUUUCUGGGAUGGGAACUUUGACUGCUUCUUUAGUAGUUCCAUCUAAGCUCAAACCUGAAAAGCAAAGCUCUAUUUUUAUAUACAAAACCAGAAGAAAAUCCAACAAGAAUCAAUCCAUAGUCCCUGUGGCAAGGUUAUUUGGACCAGCUAUAUUUGAAGCCUCAAAACUGAAGGUAUUAUUCUUAGGAGUUGAUGAGAAGAAACAUCCAGGAAAAUUGCCAAGAACAUACACAUUGACUCAUAGUGAUGUUACCUCUAAACUCACUUUGGCUAUUUCUCAGACCAUUAAUAAUUCUCAGUUGCAAGGAUGGUAUAAUAAACUGCAAAGGGAUGAAGUGGUAGCAGAAUGGAAGAAAGUUAAAGGGAAGAUGUCACUUCAUGUCCACUGUCACAUAAGUGGAGGCCAUUUCUUGUUAGACUUGUUUGCUAGACUCAGAUACUAUAUCUUCUGCAAAGAACUCCCUGUGGUUCUGAAGGCUUUUGUUCAUGGAGAUGAGAAUUUACUAAACAAUUACCCAGAGUUACAAGAAGCUUUAGUUUGGGUUUAUUUCCACUCAAACAUUCAAGAAUUCAACAAAGUAGAGUGUUGGGGUCCACUCAAAGAAGCAGCUUCCCCUUCAUCUUCUGGUGGGGUAGGUGGGAAAAUGGGAAAUACAAACACUACAAGCAAUAGCAACUGGGAUUUACCACAACCUUGUCAAGAAUCUUGUUCUUGUUGCUUUCCCCCAAUGAGUUUGAUUCCUUGGCCUUCUGAUGAUAUUUCUGGGACUGAUGGUGAGCCCAUCCAAGGCUUGCAAGAGCAGCAAAGUUAAAAAAAAUAAUGAUUCUGUUGGUUUAUGUGAUUUAAUGUAAUUAAUUAAUUAUCAUUAUAGGGUUAUGAAAACAUCACGAAUUGGCUAGUUUUAUGUUGGCUGGUUGUCCGUCUACUGGAAUCUUUCUCCUUUAUUUGGGUUUGCGACUGAAGCAUAGUUGUUAAUAUUUGUUAUUGUUGUUGUAUAGGGCUAUGGAAAAAGGAUUGUUUAUUGAUUGGAAAUGUAAAUAAUUCAGGAGCCAUGAUUAAAGACAAAGGCAUUAGGUUUAGGAUGGUGAUACCUAUAGUUGUGUGCUAGUCAAUUAAAGUAAGUUUGGUUGUGCCUAA